AUGUUUGUACAAUCAUCGGGUCUCCACUCCUCCACGCUUACUCCAGCUUCUUCGCCGUCGGAUCACAGAAAAGUGACUGCUAGGAGUACCCCCCAUCCCCUUCGUGGAAGUAGCAAUCAAUGUCUCACCAAAGGCCUCCGCCAUUUUUCGCUGUGUGUGUGUAAAAAAGUGGAAGAAAAGGGUGUUACCACGUAUAAUGAGGUUGCCGAUGAGCUUGUCGCUGAUUUGGGCGGCGAACUUUUGGGAGACCAAAAAAACAUUCGCCGAAGAGUCUAUGAUGCGCUGAACGUUUUGAUGGCCAUGAACAUAAUUUACAAGAACAGGAAGGAAAUUACGUGGGUUGGUUUGCCCAAUACCCUUCUUCAUGACUAUGAAUCUCUUUUGCUGGAGCGCUCUUCAAUUGAAGAGCGGAUUCUCCAAAAAAGAAAGCAUGUACAGGAUCUAAUUUCAAGGAACCUCAUUUUGAGGAACAAAUCUGCUGAAGAUACAAGCGGCUCUCCUUGUUCAUCAGACAUUUUGCACCUUCCGUUUAUAUUGAUCAAUGCCCCAAAAGACACGCGCAUAAACUGCGAAAUGACGCAUUACUAUUUUGACUUUGAUGCCCCAUUUUCAAUCCAUGAGGAUCUUGAGCUCCUCAAACUGAUGGGCCUAUGUGGCGAUCAAACACCGAUUCUUGACCCGGUCUCGUCGCUCCCCUCUCCGCUUCUUGGGUUGUGGGAUGACGUCACUUUGGCCUCCACCGCAAAGUCAUCUCGACUGCAAUUUUUGUCGGCUUCAGAGAAAAGCUGA